AUGCUGGAUUUUAAAUGUAAAGAUCACUCUUAAGAAAAUAUUCUUUUCUGGUGUAAAUCAAGUGAGUGUUAGGAAAAUAGAUUUUUUUGUGCAAAAUGCCAAAAAUAAAAGAAACAUAUUCAACAUUUUGAUGAAGAUGCUUAAAGCAUUCUUGAAUUGAAAUCAUUUUUAAUUUAAAAAUCAACACAUACGAAGGACAUUAUAUUAGAAUAUUAAUGUAAGUUCUAACCAAUAUUUUAAUCUAUUGAUAAAUUCAUAUCUGGUUUAUUAUACAAGUUCUGUGUAUUUGAAGAUAAACUUGAUAAUCUUAAACCUAAUCAAUGGUAAUAAAUGUUAGAAUCCUCUAUUUUAUUUGACAAAUUUGGAAAUAUAAUUAAUACGAAUAUUUUAGGAUUAUUGACCAAAUUUUAGACAUAAUUAGAUGAUCUUUUUAUUUAAUUAGAAUUACACCUGAUAACAUAUUAAAUCACUGAUUAAUAAAUUACAAUCAAUAAAAAAGAAUAUCAAAAAGGUUUGGAUUUAAUUUAUAUUCUAUUAGGUAUCUAAUUAAGUAUUUCAAAUUAAUAAACUGAAGCCAUCGAACUAUUUGAUAAGUUGUUGUAAACUGAACCAUAUAAUAUUGAAAUUAUGUACUAAAAAGGUUAGUAAUUGUAAUUAUUUUGAAGGAAAUUCAUUAUGUAUGUUGAAUAAUUUUGAAAAUGCAUUAAAAUUAUACAAAGAAAUACUAAAAAUUAAUCCAAAACAUGAGAAAUCUUUGUGGAAAAUAGGUAAUUGAUUUUUGAAACUUUAGGUGAUAUCUUAAGAGAAUAAAGAUUUUAUUAUCAAGCUAGAUAGAAUUAUGAAAAAUGCAUAAUUAUAAAUUCAAAUAAUUCAGCAACUUAAUAAGGGAUAGGUUUAAUUUUUUUUAUUUUUUUAAAGGUGAAUGCUUACGAGAUACUUUCUAAUUUAAAGAAGCCUUGUAGUACUAUACAAAAGCUAUUAAGAUAGACUCAUCCAAAAAAGAGUACUUCUAUUCUUAAGGUAAUUAAUAAACUCAUUUCAUUUAGGAGAUUGUCUAACCUAAAUCGAAAGAUAUGAAGAAGCAACUUAUAGUUUUAAUAAAGUUUUAAAUAUGGAUGCUAAUCAUGCUGAGGCAUAUGCAGGAAAAGGUAUUAAAAUUAUAUUAAAAAAUCAAAAGGAAUUUGUCUAUUGUAUUUAGGAAAGAACGAAGACGCAUUAAUUAAUUUGAAUAAUUCAUUAACUCUUAAAUAAACUUGCUUAGGAUUAUAUGGAAAAGGUAUGAUAGAGAUAGUAAAUCUUAGGAUUAUAAUUAUAUUUGAUGAAUGAUUAUUUUGAAGCAAUUUAGUAUUUUGAGAAAGCUUUGAACAUUGAACCAUAACAUUUAUUAUCUUUGUGGGCUAAAAGUAAAUUCAAUUCUAUUAAUUCUAGGUGAUUGCCUAAAAAUGAUGAAAAAAUAUAUGCAGGCAAUUGAAUAGUAUGAUAAAGUAUUAUUUAUUAAUCCUUUACAUAUCUUAUCUCUAUACGGGAAAGGUAUAAUUAUUUCUAUAAAUUAAUGGAGGAUGCUUAUUGCAUUUACAUACAUGGAUUUAUAUUAGCAGAAAUGAAUUAAUUUAACUAGGCAAUUGAAUGGUAUGAAAAAGCUUUAACAAUUAAUCCAUAAUAUGUUGAUUCAUUAUGUGGGAAAAGUAAAUACUUUUUCAUUUAUGUAAGGUGAAUGCUUAAAAAUAAUGAAUAAAUACGAAUAGGCACUUGAGUGGUAUUAAAAAGCAUUGGGCAUCAAUCCUUAACAUGUGCCAUCAUUAUGGGGAACAGGUAUAUAUAAAUCAAAUUCCAUAAGGUGAUUGUUUAAAAAUGAACAAUAAAUUUAUAUAAGGACUUGAGUAUUUUGAAAGAGCAUUAAACAUUGAUCCAAAACAUUUAUUGUCUUUAUGGGGCAAAAGUAAAUAAAUUCAAUUAAAUAAGGCGAAUGCUUAAAGAUGAUGAAUCAAACUGAGGAGGCACUUAAAUGGUAUGAUAAAGCAUUGUCUAUCAACAAAUAACAUGUUUUAUCUUUAUGGGGAACUGGUAAAAUAAUAAUCAAAAUAGGUGAUUGUCUAAAAAUAAAGACUCAAUAUGAAUAAGCUCUUCAAUGGUUUCAAAAAGCACUUAAAAUUAAUCCAAUACAUAUUUUAUCUCUAUGGGGAAUAGGUAAGUAUAACUCAAUAAAUCACAGGGGAAUGCUUAAAGAUGAUGAAUCGAUUUGAAGAAGCGCUUGAAUGGUAUGACAAAUUAUUGGUCAUAAAUCCACAGCAUAUAGAUUCCUUAUAUGGAAAAAGUAAAUUUAUAAGAAUUCAUCAAAGGUGAAUGUUUAAAAAUGAUGAAUCAGUAUGAAUUAGCACUUGAAUUGUAUGAUAAAGGAUUAAGCAUCAACGAAAAACAUUUAUUAACAAUAUGGGGGAGAGGUAGUUUCAAUUUUCAAAUAAUAAAGGUGAUUGCCUAAAAAUGAUGUAUCAAUUUGAAUAAGCUAUUGAAUGGUAUGAUAGAGCAUUGAAUAUCAAUCCAUUACACAGCCUUUCUUUAUGGGGAAAAGGUAUAUUAAAUUAGAUAAAUCAAAGGUGAAUGCUUAAAAAUGAUGAAGCAAUUUAAAUAAGCUCUAAAACAGUAUGAUGAAGCUUUGAAUAUUAACCCUCAAGAUGUCUUAUCUUUAUGGGGGAGAGGUAAAUUUAAUUCAUUUUUAAGGUGACUGUCUACAGAUAAUGAAUUAAUUUGAAUUGGCAUUUGAGUUUUUUGAUUAAGCAUUAAUAAUAGACCCAGAACAUGUAUUAUCUUUAUAUGGUAAAGGUACAAUUUUUAAUUAUUUUAGCUUAAUGUGCAUAUGCCUUAGGUUAAUAUGAAAAAGCAAGUUCCUAUUUAGUGAAUGCAGAUUAAAUUAAGCCUAAUUAAUCUUAUAUUUUAGAAUUAUUAAGUAAUUUAUUUAGGCUCAAUUAGAAAUAUGUAAGAAUUAAUUGA